AACAUGCAAACCAUUCAAGAUUUAUUACAUUUGAAGUAUUUGAAAGGAAAAUCUGGCCAAAAAUUUCUCAAACGUCAUGUUUGAAAAUGCAACCGUCUCUUGUGUGGUCAGAGAUUCUUUCCUUAAUCAAGGGAUCAUUUGAAGCUAUGUCAAAACUGGAUGGACAUCUUACAUUAGAAGAAUAUAUUGAUAUUGGGAGGAAGAAAUCGCCGUUUUUUAGUGGAGAGAGGGAUGUUAUAUAUGCCAUUUAUAUGAAAUACAAACGUUUCAUUAGAAAAGAAGCUAUGUUUGAUGAGGCAGAUGUAGUGUUUGACAUUUAUAAGAGAUGCAAGGCUGAACUUGACAUGCCCUGGACCAUACAUCAAUUGUAUGUGGAUGAAACACAGGAUUUUACCCAAGCAGAGCUGCUGCUUCUGAUGAGUAUUUCUCAAAACCCAAAUGAUAUAUUUCUCACAGGUGAUACAGCACAGUGUAUAAUGAGAGGCAUUGCAUUUCGGUUCUGUGACAUUCAGGCAUGUUUUCAUCAUGUCAGAGAAUGUUCUUCAGCUGAGGCAAAAAGCCAGAUGAAUGUGCCAAAAAUUCAAAAACUAGUUUUCAACUACAGGUCCCAUAGUGGAAUACUCUCUCUUGCAUCUUCUGUCUUGGACAUUAUGACAGAAUAUUUUAAAGAAUCCUUUGAUAGCUUGGAAAAGGAUGUUGGAUUGUUCCAUGGAAAACGUCCUCUUCUGCUAGAAUGUUGCUCCUCACAAGAUUUGGAAAUGUUUCUCAAGGAAUCUAGAGAAUCUAAAGACACAGGACAAGGAUCUAUUAUAUUUGGAUCCCAUCAAGCCAUUCUGGUUGCAAAUCAGGAGGCCAAGGCCACUUUACCGACGGUAUUCAAAGAAAAUGCUAAUGUCCUGACUAUCUGUGAAUGUAAAGGCCUUGAGUUUGAUGACGUCUUAUUGUACAACUUCUUCAAGGAUUCACAGGUGACAAAGGAGUGGAGGGUUGUAACUUCUUUCCAGAACAGCCUUGGGCUAUAUUCCACAGGAAAUGACCUACGUGCGUUGGAGUUUGAUACAUUAAAACACAAACUUUUGAACUCGGAGCUCAAGUAUCUUUACACAGCUUUGACCAGAGCCCGGUGUAAUUUGUGGAUCUAUGAUGAGGAUACGGAUAAACGAGCUCCUAUGUUUGAAUACUUUAAGGCCAGGAAACUUGUCAGAGGGUCGGAGAAAUCCAGUGACACUUUUGAAGAAGAUGGUCUGGAAUUUGCUAAAGCAUCUAAUGCUGAAGACUGGGUCCAGCAAGGAGACACAUUCAUGACACAUCGUUUAUAUAUGGAUGCUGCAAAGUGUUACAGAAGAGCUGGCGACGAUGAUAAAAGACUUUCUGCAAUAGCUUACAACAAAGCCGUGAUAGCAAUGACAAAAAGCGAUGAAGCGAAACGGAAAAGCUACUUUCUAUCAGCAGCAGCUGAUUUUCUGAAGUGUAAUAAAAUAACUAAAUCAGGUACCUGUUUGCGGUAUGCAGACGAAUAUGUACUUUCUGGGCUUGCCUAUGAAAAGAAUGGAGAGUAUGCAGCUGCAGCCAGGAUGUACCGACAGGGUGGAGACUAUGAAGCUGAAAGACGCUGCCGUGACCUGAAGAGAUGUUUUCAGAAUCCUUGAAACGUGCAGUCAACGUCGGUGGAACUUGAGUACAAACUUAAGUAAAUCUUGCUCAAAUGAGAAAACAACUACUUUUGUGUUGUCGUGGCAACGUGGAAGUCACUUGCUGUAAGGUGGUUACACGAGACAUUUUGUCAUAAUACACAAUACUGCAGAUGUAUCAUUGCACAAUCAGAUGUAUAAAUUAGUGUGUGUGUGUGUGUUUUGUCACUACGGUAGUUAUAACAUUGUAAAUUUGUGUAUCACUGGUGUUGAGAUACUAAUAUGUAUUUGUUCGUUUAAGAGUCGUUUUCAGACAAGACACUAACAGCGAGCAUAUGGGAGACAAGAAAGGAAAUGUACAGUUUCUGAUCGUUUGAGUUAUAUAUGAGUGAUUGCGCUCUUUGCGUUAUUUAUAAAACAUGAGAUUUUAUCGGUUAAUGGUUCACCUAUAUGAUUAUUUUACUUCAACACUCAAGUACUUUAACUGGAGAAAUUGUCAGUGAUGAUAUGUAAAUAAACAUAUUUCAAAGUAAAAAUGCGAAACCAAACACACAGACACGGACAUUAUACCUUAGUAAGUAUUGUAUGAUUUGCUGAUUAUCCUCUGACGUUGGAAUAUUACAUGUUUCGUUAGAACGUUAUGAAUUAUACAAAAUCAAACGAGAUCGAUGCAGCUGAACAAAAAUAGUUACACGAGAAUAGACAUAUUCACAAGUACAAUGUACACAAGCAUAUACAAAUGUCCCUGGGACGCUUUUGCCAGUUAGACUCUGUCAUUGUAUGUAGGGGGCACGGGUGGCCCAGUAGCCUAAAGCACCGCAAUUGCGUCCCAUUGGGCACGCCAGAAACGUUUGAUUUUUGGUUCGAAUCCCGGUUCGCCCCAAUUAUGUUUCUAGGUUUGUCAGCACCAUACCCGUGCUGGUGGGUUUCACCAAAGUGGAAAAACCUGCAUCUCUUUUCCUCCCUCAUCAAGCUGACAGAUCGUGAAAUAACUGAAAUACUGUUCAAAGCAGCGUUAAACCGCUUACUCACUCAUUUGUAUAUAGUGACAGAUGCUAUGACAGUUAUAAAUUUAAUGUUCCUCAAAACAGGCUGUCAAGACACCCAAACGGUGUCUUUCCAAAUCCUAGAAGAUUAAUCACAAGCGUAUCGUCGUCACCUGUAUCAACGUCCAUAUAUUGUAUGCACAUAUGAAUGAACAGUUUAUGUAGCACACAGUUUAUAAUUUUGUACAUAAAUACAUGCGUAUGAACAUCUUAUGCUGCACAUAUCUCCAAACUACCAUUAUGUGAUAUAAGUAGAAUAACUCCUGAACAAUAGCAUUGCUGCUAUUGUAAAGUGGUUUUCAAAACUACAUCUUCCAGGACUGAACAGUUUAUAAAUACGUACAUCCUAAAUUAUAUGGGUAUUUUCUGUACAUAGAUACACAUACUUAUCAAUGAACCGUA